ACACUCCAACUAUCUCUUCUACUUCCUCAACAGAUCCCUAGCUCGCUAGCUUCUUCUUCUUCAUUUGCUCUAAGCUUCUGAUUCAUUUCCCCAUGGCACCAAACAGCCAAGCAUCCCUAAAUGAGGGCAAAUACCCUAUCCCUGCCAUGACCAACCUCGACCUCGAGCACCAACCCACCCAAGAUAUCGACAACGACGACUUCGACUACUCCAAACGCUCCCAAUGGCUCCGCGCCGCCGUCCUGGGAGCUAACGACGGGCUGAUCUCCACCGCGUCCCUAAUGAUGGGUGUUGGUGCUGUUAAACAGGACAUUAAGGCCAUGAUACUAACCGGGUUCGCCGGACUAGUAGCCGGUGCCUGCAGCAUGGCCAUCGGAGAGUUUGUCUCCGUUUACUCCCAGUUGGACAUAGAGGUGGCCCAAAUGAAGAGAGACAACAUGAACAAGCAAAACAGCCCGGUGGCCGGAGGAGACGAGGAGGAAGAAGAGAAGGAGAACUUACCAAACCCGUUACAAGCAGCAGCUGCAUCGGCUCUUGCCUUUUCAGUGGGAGCAAUGGUACCACUGUUAGCAGCCUCGUUCAUAAGGGAGUAUAGGGCCAGGUUAGGAGCUGUGGCGGCGGCGGUGACAUUGGCUCUGUUGGUGUUUGGGUGGUUGGGAGCAGCUUUGGGGAAGGCACCAGUUAUCAGAUCUACUGUUAGGGUUUUGGUUGGAGGGUGGUUGGCCAUGGCUAUAACCUUUGGGUUAACAAAGUUGAUUGGAUCUAGUGGACUGUAAGACUAGCUAGCUCAUCUUUUUCUUUCUCUCGACCCUUCUUGUGUAUUUUCGACGUGUGUUUUGGAGAUGUAAGAUUAAUUUCAAAAUACGUACGUAUAGAAGAUUUAUGAUGAUGAUGAUGGUGAUGAAGAUCGAGAUCUGCUUGCUGUAACUUCAGUCUAGCUUAUUGAAGAAAUGAAAUGUAUAUCAAUAAUGAUUAAGAAAUGCAACUUUGCAUAAUAGUUUUG